AGCGUGUAGGGCUAAGGAGAAAUAAUAUGAAAACAAGGACAGGCAGCAUAAAGGUCCCGAAUAGGCAAAAAUACGAGAGAGAGAGAGAGAGAGAGAGAGAGAGAGUCUGAGAGAGUUUUUUGAAAAUGAAGGUAUUGCAUUGGCUUCUACCGGUGGCUGUGGCCUGGUGGUUGCUACGAGGCGGCACUCCUACCGUGGCCGGAGAGUGCGCAACCGAGUGUGGGGACGUGGCGAUUCCUUAUCCGUUCGCGCUCGAACUCGAGUGUGCGAGGUCCACAGAUUUCUUGCUCACUUGCAAUCCCACCGAAGAGAACGAUACUCAACUACUGUAUCCCUACCUGGGGAAUGUUCUGAUACGCGAAAUCUCAGUCGAGGACGCGACCAUGGUCGUCAGCGUCCCCAAAGUAUACGACUGCUACAACCAGACUGGCUAUAGAGCAAAAACAGAAACACUGAAAAUCGAUCUAACUUCAUUUCCACCGUACAGAUUUUCGGACACCCGGAACAAGUUCACCGUCCUCGGCUGCGACACCUCCGCUCUCAUUUCGGACCAAGAUGGGACGUUCGGGAGUGGGUGCAUCUCCUACUGCAGCUACAACGUCGACUUCGCCAACGAGACCACUUGCUCCGGUCGCGGUUGCUGUCAAACAUCCAUCCCGCAGGGGCUCAAGACCCUCCGCAUUAGCAUCCACACCUACGACGAAUACUCAUCGGAAUUGGAAGUCAACCCCUGUGGACUGGCCUUCGUGGUGGACAACAGGUCAUUCGAUAUCUCCCACACGAAAUUCCCGAGCUUCGAGGAUGUGGGCGAGAGCGCGGACCUUGUUCUGGACUGGAUGGUCGGAUGGGACGUGACUUGCAAAGAGGCCCAGUCGAACCCGUCGGGCUAUGGCUGUGGCAACAACACGGACUGCUCCGACGCCAAGAACGGGCCGGGUUAUCACUGCGUAUGCGAGCCUGGGUUCAAGGGGAAUCCCUACAGUCGCGCCCGAGGGUGUCAAGACAUCAAUGAGUGCGAGGAGCCACAAAAAUACGCAUGUCAUGGAAAGUGCAAGAAUAAGCCCGGGUCCUACACAUGCAGUUGCCCAUUUGGAUUUCACGGCGAUGGUAAAGUCAGUUGCCAAAUUUCUCAUUACGUCGGAGUUGUUGCAGCGAUUGUUGUGGCCUUCUUCUUCAUUAUUGUUGGUGGUUUGGUCUUUGAAACGUGGAGGAGGAGAAGCAAAGAGAAAAAUUUUAGACGAAAUGGAGGAGAGCUCUUGAAACACCACAGAGUUCAGAUUUUUACGGAGACAGAGCUGGCAAAAGCAACCAACAACUAUGAUGAUAGCAAUAAGCUUGGCGAGGGAGGUUUCGGUUCCGUCUAUAGAGGAAGAACAGCAGGGGGCACCGAGGUCGCUGUCAAGAAGCCUAAAGACGUGCACGCGUCUCUAAUAAAGGGCGAUUUCCACCAUGAACUUGAAGCUGUGAUGAGACUUCACCACAAAAACGUGGUGAAGCUCGAUGGCAUAUGUUUGGAGACUAGAAUACCCUUGCUGGUUUAUGAAUACAUUUCGAAUGGGACCCUCUUCCAACACAUCCAUCAGAAUGCAUCGACCAUCUUGAGAUCAUGGAAAAAUCGAUUCAGAAUAGCCGCUGAAGUUGCUCUUGCACUCAUAUAUAUGCAUUCCUGCGCAGAACCUCCAAUCAUUCAUGGUGACAUCAAGUCAAUGAACAUACUUCUAAAUCAAAACUACUCAGUAAAAGUGUCAGAUUUUGGAACUUCAGUGCUUAUAUCGCCGGAGCAUAAUCAUAUCGUAGCCACUGAAAUACAAGGCACAUUGGGCUACAUCGAUCCAGAAUAUUUAACCACCGGCGUGCUAACAAUUAAGAGUGAUGUGUACAGCUUUGGAGUUGUCCUCGUGGAGUUGCUCACGGGAAAGGUGCCUACAAGUUUUGUUACUAAAUCCGGAGUGCCAAUCAAUAUUAUCCUUUGUUUCAUCUCUUCCGUGAAGGACAAGACACUCUCUGAUGUCAUAAACUUUGAGGGCGCUAGUGAAGAUGAAAUGGAGAGAGUAGGAAUGGUUGCUGAGAUUGCAGUGAAGUGUUUGGACCAAAGCGGUGCGAAGAGGCCAGCAAUGAGGGAAGUGGCUGAGCAACUCGUGAGGAUUAACCCUGAGCACGAUGGUUCGACAGUUGAAGAAUACAAUGAACAGACCGAACGCAAAGUGGAUGAAGAAAACCUCGACUCCCAUGCGACUUCAGUUACUUGUGAGACCAGCCAACGUCAAGGUCUCUUAUAUAAUCUGCGAAUGGAUUCAGCUGCUUCUAGCAUGUGAUGCAUUUAUUAAUAUAGUAACAUGUCUAUUAAUUGUCCACCAGGACUUCUAGGGUCGAAUGUGUAAUCUGAAUAUAUGUUUGCCAUUUUCUAGAGACUUAUAUUUGUGCAAGCAUAUGUGCAAUUUUGAGUGUCACAAUCUAAUAUAAUAUCUGUAAUGUUGUGGAUUGAAGUAGAAUUAUA